GAGGCUGUUGAAACUCGAAGGGACACGAUAAGGGGAAUCCCCUAAAGAACUCAUGGGAGUAUUAUAACAUAACCGUUCGUAACUCCAAAAGCGUUGAAGAAAUUAAAGAAACUGUAAGAACUUGAGCCUGUGAGAAUUGGUGUAACGCGGUAGAGUCGGACAGCGUGACGGUAGAAAGUCAAACAAAAUAGCCAAGUUUCUAACAGUUAAUUGUCAAUAUGGCGGACAGCGAUUUACUCAUCACGAUUUCGGGCGCUGCUAUGUCCUUACUGUUCUACGAAAAUGUUCGUAACACCGGAGACCAGAUGGGCUUUUUACUAGGAGAGAAUCUAGAGUUCGUAUUUAAAACAUACAGUGACUCUGAUAAUCAGAUCGAAACUGUGAAGAAACACAACAAUAUCGAAACUGUAAUUAGUUGCCCAUUGCCAGAUCUAUUACACGAUUCAAUUGGUAGAAUUGAUAAAGAGAAAUUGAAGGAUUUUAUGCGUGAGAAUAGCAAACAAGUUAUAGGUUGGUUUCGCUUCAGGCAAAAUACAGAUUUGGUCCCCACUCUGAGGGAUAAUAUAUUACACAAAGAGUUUGCAUCGUACUUUUCUGGAGGCAAUGGUAUCAACAAAGAGUUCUUUGUUAUGUGUAUGUUAAGCUCCUCGACAACCAAUGCAAGAGGCACACAUAAAUUUAAACAUGUCUUUUUAAGACACAGAAAGGGGGCAUUUGAACCAGUUCCUUUAAGGAUAUAUAACUUGGGAAGUCGUCUAUUUACACACGAUGGUUCAGAUUAUAAACCUACUCCUACCAAAAAAUCGUCAGAUAGGCCAGAUAUAUUUACCAAAGUAAUAGAAUCUUUAGAUUUAAACCUCGCAAAGACGUCUGGACUCGACUCUGUUAUUACUAUACAAAAAACUGCGGAGGAAUAUUUAAGGGACCUAAUACCGGAAUUAUGCGAAUCUGAUCUCGAAGUGGCAAAGCUAGAAAGGCAAAUCAAGGAAUUCAAACUUAAGAGACAAGCUAAAGUCAAUGGUAGUCCAAAUAAUUUGCAUAAAAAUUACGAAGAACUUAACAAAAAUUCUGUUAGCGACGAGAGGCGAAUGGCAGAAAAAAUGUCUCCUCCAAGAAUUGAAUCUCCAGAUAAUGCGCGUGACGAUCGAACUCGUUCCGCUACAACUAGUCAAACUUCUAUUCUCAAAUCAAGAAAUACAGCAACGUUUACUGAAAAUUCAAUCGCUCGAGUGAAAGUCGACGAUACGGAAAUCAUGGCAGUAAAGAACAAACGCUUUCCGAUUCAGGACUCGGAAAUAGUAAAGGAAUCGAUUUGUAAAGGCGAAGCAACCGCGUAUGGCGUUGGCAGAGGUAGAGGAAAACUAAUGUACGAAACUCAACCAAAACUAAAGAAACCUGGGAAAACUUCCAUAUCGAAUAAUCCGACACGAAGUAAUAGUGAGAGGACUUUGCAUACUCAAGUGCCGCAACAAGAAUCGCCCGAAGCGAAUUGUGUACAAAAUACAUCCUCGGAAAGGUGUUACAGUCAAAUUGUAAAAAAAAAGAUGGACAAUACGCGCAAAUCGGAUACGACAAAUAAUCAUUAAAUAAGAAUGCGUUCACUUA